AUGAUCCCUGCUGACAAAGCAUUUGUACUAUUGUGGGUGGUUGGCCUGCACUUGGCUACAGGCUCCGAGCCGUGCGUGGACCUGGAUGCGACAGGCUGCCGUAACAACCCGCAGAUCUGCCAAGACACCCUUCUCGCAGAGGUCACGUGUCCCGUUAUGUGCAAUAAAUGCCCAAACGUUCCACAAGUGACAACAGCUGCCACGACAGGGUACUCGACCCAAUCCGCCGCAUGUCCGGACAGCUGGGAAAGAUUCCAAGGCUCCUGCUACUAUUUCCAAACUGGCUACAUGGAGUUCAACGAUUCAGAGCUUUACUGUAACCAAAAUAAUGGCCACCUCGCCCAUAUAAACAACGCAGCUGAACAAGCCUUCGUAUCAAAUAGGAUACUUAAUAUUAAUCCCAAUCAAACCUGGUUUAUCGGGCUCACAGAUAUGCAGGUUGAAGGAGUGUUCAGAUGGGUUGACAACGAUGAAGAACUGACACCGGGGACAUUCAGAGGUUGGGCAGCAUCACAGCCACACGAUUCUUACGAUUCCGAAGAUUGUGUAGGUAUGUGGUUCAAAAGAGGAAUGCGUUGGAACGAUAUAUCGUGCGCAGCGAAGUAUCCUUCAAUUUGUGAAGUCAGGGUUGGUCAAGCCCUGGUCGGAUAGCAUUGUUCAGGUGACUCGUCUGGCGUUGACAGUAAACGGACGCGUCUAAUGCGGCUGAUUUGUUUUGAUUCCUUGACAUGUAGCAUACCUUAA